AAUUAAGACAUGGAAACGGAGACGGAAAGUGAAAGAAUUUAUUUACAGCUGUAUGACUAUGAAACAAAGGAGUUCUCAGGGCUCACAACAUAUCACGGACUUGUGAGAAUAUACAAUUCGAACACUUGGCCGUCACGCAUUUUCUGGGUUGUAGUGGUGUUAUCCUGUUUAUCUUUGUUUAUGAUUCAUAGUGGUUACCUUCUACUGGGCUAUCAUGCAAAACCAACUUUAUUCCAAACCAACACAAUUGUUCCAAUGAAUGGCCUUCUAUUUCCUGAAGUUACAAUUUGCAAUUUAAACCCUCUGAACACCACAAAGCUUGAAGAACUGAACAUCUCAAAAUCAACAUGGACCUACAUUUUUGGAUAUUUCGAUGAAAUUACAACUUCAGAACACAAAUCCACCAAACUCGGUGAAGAGCAAUUUUUAGAAAUUAUGAAUAAUUAUCAAGAACUUACAAAGCAGGAAUUCAAUGUCAAAAACUUUUUAAAAUCUGUCAGCAAAUCUUGUGAAGAAACAUUUAUCUCGUGUAGUUUUGGCAGGGAAAAGCUACAUAACUGUUGUGAACAUGUAACAACUGAAAUGACAGAGGUUGGAGUAUGUUUCAGACUGUCGAAUGUAAAUAAAAAAUACAGACAGUGGUAUAGUGGAAAUGGUUUUGGUUGGGAAUUUGUCUUAAAUGGGAACAAUGAAAUAGAUGAUCACGCUGAUUCACUAGAUUUUGAGCCAGACAGGGGAUUCCUGAUCAUGGUGCACGAAUCGGAGAAAUAUCCAAAAAUCAACUCCUAUGGAGUAGCCGUGUCCCCUGACUCGCAAUUACAUGCGGCAAUAUCCAUGAAAAAUAUAUCUCUCCUAGACAAAGCAAAUUGGGGAUCCUGCUCAAAAGGGUGGAAUAGAAAUGAUACAGAUGUUCCGUACACUGCAACUCACUGUGAAAUUGACUGCAAACUUCGAAAAGUUCGCAACUUGUGUGGGUGCUCACCGUUGGCGUAUUCUGCUAGAGAAAGCGGUUCUAAUGAUACAAUUUGUACUCCAUACCAAAUUCAACAAUGCUUCCGGAAAGUUCGAGGCCUUGAUAACCGUUGGGAAGACGAAUGUGAUUGUCCGUCAGAAUGUAAUAUGUUAGAGUUUGACGUAACAAAUAGUUAUUCAGACUUGGAUGGAAGAAGCCGAGGGUUGAGCAGUUCAAAAGUAGAGUCCGACAUUUCUCAUGUGAGCCUUUAUUUUUCACAUGUUGCGUAUGAACGGAUCGAACAACAAAAACAACUGCAAACUGCAGACUUAUUGUCCAACAUAGCAGGUAGCAUGGGUCUAUUCUUGGGUAUGAGUACGGUCACCCUUCUUGAAAUUUUCAUUUACCUCUUCAAAUCAGUCUGGGGAACUGUAAACUCAACUAGGCAGCAACAAUUCGUGGAUGCAGUUGCUGAGGAGGAGAAGGAGAGAUCAGAAAGUAUUGUUAUCAUUCAAAAUGGAAGGAAUGAUGAUAUGGACGACCAGAAGCCAUCAAGGUUCCCCGGAGCCGAUCGAAAAUUAUCUGGUAACUCAAUUCAUAUUCAUUUGGAUCGAAGAAAUAGUCGUAUGAUUCGUGGCGGGGAUUUAUCAGCUGCAUCCCGCGGAUCCGUCAGUAUUCCAUCUCAACUUUUAUCACCACUCUCCAGACACAACAGGCAAUCAAUUAGCUAUGGUCAACUAGGCAGAAAAGUGUCUGCUAUUGGUAUUCCUCUUCAACCAAAUCACGACACCGUUGAAAGUGGGACUUCUCUUAUGCCUCCAAAGUCGCCAAUCCGAAGAUGCAGUACUUCAACUACGCCGUCAAUGCUGACCAGAAAACUGAGUUUCGCAAGCCAGCAGUCAGAUCCUGCUCAACCAGCACAUCAAUCUCGAAAAGUUUCAACAUCCUCCAUAUUCAAAUCACAAUUAAUUUGAAUGCAUUACUGUCAAAAAUAAAAUAUGAUAUUCAAUCUG